CUCUGCAGUAAGGCCCAUUCUUGAAGUCUGUGCUGGUGAUGUGGACCACUGCUGAUCUGCUUGCCCUCUGUUUUUGGGUGAAUGCUGGUGUCCAUGCCGCUCAAAUGGGUCCAAAAUGUGGCACACCUCAGAUGCGGAACCUGAUGGUUCCCUCUCUGAGAGUAGUAGGAGGGACUGAGGCUGCAUAUGGAUCACACCCAUGGCUGGUUUCACUGAAAAACAGAGGUUCUCAUUUUUGUGGAGGAGCCAUCCUGACUGAGCGCUGGCUGAUGACUGCAGCACACUGUUUCACAUCUGUAUCUAAAGAGUUUCUCAGUGGUGUCCGGGUCCUGGUGGGGGAGUUUGACCUGAGAGUAGAUGACGAAGAGGAGCAAGUCUUUCAGAUCAAGUCGGUCUCUGUCCAUGAGAAGUACAACCACGCUUUACCAAUGAACUAUGACAUCGCUCUGGUAGAGCUGGACCAACACAUCCAAAUGGGAUCUCAUGUCUAUCCGAUAUGUCUACCACUGCCUGAUGAGAAUAUUCCUCCUGGAACAAGUUGCAUUGUUGGUGGAUGGGGGAGGACAAGGGAAAGGGGUCACAUUUCUGCAGUACUGAGAGAGGUCCACUUGGAUUUGGUGGACCCAGCCAAGUGUAAACAUGUUCUUCAGACUCUCAAAAGUUCAUUUUUAAGCCAGAGAACAGGUCGACUGCAGCCAGUCAUCACAGUUUUGUGUGCUGGGCCAGAACGAGGAGGAAGAGAUGCCUGCCAGGGAGACUCAGGGGGUCCUCUGGUAUGUCCAGCAGGGUCGGGAAGCAGUCACUGGGUGGUGCUGGGCAUAACUUCCUGGGGUAAAGGCUGUGGUCGGAGUUGGAGAAACAACAGCAGCCAUCAUCCCUCUAGGAGAGGAUCUCCAGGGAUUUUUACUGACGUCAAGCUGCUGCUGCCGUGGAUCAAAAGCAAACUCAGAGAGGCUGAUCUGCUGCAGGGAAAGACUUCAUCAAGACUGUGCAGUGUGAAAGAUGGGCCUGUUUCUGACAUGGAGGGGGUGAUCAGAAACCCCAGCCUCCCUGGUGAUCACUAUGACAACAACCAGUUGUGUUUGUGGAGUAUCGGUGUUCCUGCAGGUUACAGUAUCCUGCUGGAAUUUGAUCAUUUUGAUGUGGAGAAUGAAUCAUAUUGUCAAUAUGAUCGGCUCACUGUUUACAUGGAAACCAACAGGCCUGUUGGGAUAUUCUGUGGACAUCUUCUUCCAGGUCCAGUGUUUUUUCAGAAUUCCCAGUCUGCAACUCUUCUAUUCUCCUCUGACAUUAACAAAGCGGGAAGUGGCUUUGUUGUCAGGCACCGUGCUGUCAAGGGACACACUCAUCCUGGGUGUGGGACAGUUGUUUUAGUCGAGGAUCAAGUUACAAUCCACAGCCCAAAUUACCCACAAUCCUACAGUAAUGACUGCGUUCUCCGUUGGGUUAUCUGUGCUCCACAGGGCCAUGUUGUUAAGCUUGACUUUGCUGAGUUUGACCUGGAGGAGUCUGAGAUAUGUUUGUAUGAUUCCCUCACUGUCCUUGGAGAUGUUGAAGGAACAGAGGAGAUUGCUUUACUGUGCGGCAGCAGCAUCCCUCCUCCCGUCCUGUCCUAUAGCAGCAUCAUGGUGCUUCAGUUCCUGUCAGACAGCACAGUCGCACAUAAGGGCUUCAGGGCUGCUCUGACAUUCAUCAGCAUCACAGAUAUGCAGAAUCAGGAAGGUCAGCCACUUGUUUUCACAGAUAAUCAGCGGCAAACAACAUCUCAUGGUGCAGUUGAACAGCAGUCCAGCAGCAGGGCUCUGCUGCAGGCCAGUGUGGACCAUGAAGCCUCGGUGAAUCCCAGCCCGCAUGUGAGUUUGGCUUCAGAUGAUGAAGACUACAGUGGUGAAUCUCCAGGAGCUGGACAGUAGCUUGCUGGUGUUUGCACUCACUGGACUAUGACCUGUGAAGGCACAAGUUGGACGUUUCAGUCUGUGAUUUUCCGUUAUUAACAGCCAUUUUUCUGCUUACCUGGUCCCUAAUUUCACUAUGUAUCAUGUUUGUUAAAUGUAACAACAAAUACUCUGUUUAAUUCCACUUCAUCCAUCUUGACACUUAAUUAAUAAAAACUGGAUGGAGUGACAUUAAAAGAAAACACAUUUAAUGAAUUGAAAGUGUGUUUUAUCUAUGUACUGGAAACAGGAUAA